CGCAGCCUCUGCGGCUGUCGGUGUGCGACUGGCGCCCGUGACAGUGGCGCUGCUCUGCUCUCCACCCCUGAUCCGGGCCGCUGCUGACCUAUUUGGCAGCAUGGGCGGCGAGGCAGGGCCCACGGAGGCCCUGGGCUGCGAGGGUCGCGUGAAGAGCCUGGGUCUGGUGUUCGAGGAUGAGCGCAAGGGCAGCUACUCGAGCGGCGAGACGGUGGCGGGGCAUGUGCUGCUGGAGGCGGCCGAGCCGGUGGCCCUGCGCGCGCUGCGCCUGGAGGCCCAGGGCCGCGCCACCGCUGCUUGGGGCCCGGGCGCGGGCUCGGCAGCCCCCGCCGCGGAGGUGGAGUACCUGCAUGUGCGCCUGAGCCUGCUCCAGGCCCCCGCCGGUGAAGGCGUCCUCUUACUGCAGCCCGGAAAACACGAAUUUCCAUUUAGCUUUCAACUUCCAUCUGAACUGUUAGCGACCUCCUUCAGCGGGAGAUACGGAAGCAUCCAGUACUGCGUGAGGGCCGUGCUGGAGAGGCCCGCGCUGCCCGACCGGACUGUGGAGCGGGACCUGCAGGUCAUCAGCCACAUCGACGUCAACACACCGGCCUUGCUCACCCCUGUAUUGAAAAGUCAAGAGAAAAUGGUUGGCUGCUGGUUCUUCUCAUCUGGCCCCGUGUCGCUGAGUGCCAAAAUCGAAAGACAGGGGUAUUGCAAUGGAGAAGCUAUUCCAAUCUAUGCCGAAAUAGAGAAUUGUUCCUCCCGACUGAUCGUUCCCAAAGCUGCUAUCUUUCAAACGCAGACGUAUCUGGCUAGUGGGAAAACCAAAACCGUCCGCCACAUGGUUGCCCACGUGCGAGGGAACCACAUUGCCUCCGGGAGCGCCGACACGUGGAACGGGAAGAUGCUGAAGAUCCCGCCGCUCACCCCGUCCAUCCUGGACUGCUGCAUCAUCAGAAUAGACUACUCCUUAGCUGUCUACAUUCACAUUCCUGGUGCUAAGAAACUGAUGCUAGAGCUGCCCGUGGUGAUCGGGACGAUCCCGUUCAGUGGCUUCGCCAGCAGGAACUGCAGCCUGGCCAGCCAGUUCGGCGUGGAUCUGAGCUGGUGGGGCCUGGGGCUGCCGGAACGGCCCGAAGCCCCUCCAGAUUACACAGACGUGGUGUCGGAGGAAGACUUCUCCGGGCACGGUUCUCCGCACCCGCAGCCGCCCGGCUGGGCGGGGGGCGCCCACUGCCCCUUGUUUGCCUGCAUCCCCGACUUCCGCUUCCAGCCCCCACCUCUUUAUUCCGAGGUUGAUCCACACCCUAGUCACGUGGAAGAGAACCAGCCUGUUUCCUUCGUUCUCUGAACGUGUUUCGGAACUCACUGUGAUCGGCCUCGGAGGAGAAUGUGGGCUCUCUCCCCUGGCUUUCGGGGGACGAGGGAGGGAAGAUGCGCUUGAGAACAUAAAUGAACGUCACCACCAAGACAUUAAAGAAUGUGCGCCCUGUCCAGUGGCCGACUGCUGCUCGCGUUCACAGGAGGACCACACGUCCCGUUGCAGAAUGGAUGAGCGCAUGACCUCAGUGUGAUGGGAGUCCCGGAGGCGAGAGUGACGGAGGGGCCUGCGCUGACCCGAGACAGGAUGUGUGUGACCAGGGAACACUGUGCAGGUGUCCCCUUCAUCGGGUUCUCAGAGCGGGAAAAACGGACCCUAAGCUUUAGGGCAGCAUAGGCAUCCUGGGAGGGGACUUGCUUUCAGAGAAGCUGGAGGCACAGGGAUGUGCGGGGACAGGGAAGGGUCACCUCCGUAUGCAAGGGGACCCCAGGUGCCAGGGGCUGCCCGAUUCCCCCACAGCCAGUAGGGCUGAAGUCCGGGAAAGACCUUUCCGGAGACCGUGGUCUCAGGAGGUCCCCGUGAAGUGAUUCCGUGUCCUUCCCCCAAGGCUAGUUUAGAACGUGGGUCCCAAAUUAGUGGCGGGGCAGGAUGACCAAGGAGGCCCUCGCAAGGUCUGUGCAUUCAAGGGGGCACUGGAAUGAGAACACGUCUGCGAAAGGCCGUGACUUCACCCUCUGUAAGUCCUUUAGCGGGAUACAUGUUCGAUUUUCCUCACGUCUUAUGUACCUAAGAGCACGUUAGAAAAGAAGGGGGGAAGGCUGUAUCCUUAGGGUGCCUUGAUAACUACUCGAGAGAAAAAAAGGGCCUUUUCCUAACCUACCUCGAGUGGAUGCUCAGAUGUGUUUGAAAACUCGUUCGGACAAGUCUUUGGAGGGUCUACCACUUGGCGGUAGCUUCUUAUCUCCCCCAUCAGUGCAUCUGAACGCGAACCAAGGGAAAACCCUCGACUGUUCGCGUCAGAUGGAAAUUAAUGCAUACCAAAGGGUAUUUCCAAAUAAAUGUGAAAUUAAAGAGGGUAGAAGCGCCAGUCUUUAAAAUGGACUUUAUUCCCGUCAGGAGACCUUGUUUCCCGCCGGCAGCCACUGCCCUGGGACCUCCGGUUCAUUAGUAAUUCCGUGUAAACUGUGUUUUGUUUAUUGUUUCGGUGCAAUAUUCCAUUAGCAUUUAACCUCAGGAUACUGAGACCAACAGGAUCAUGCUGCUGCUAAAACUCGGAGGAGUAUUUUUUCUGUUCCCCUUGACCUUCUAUUCACGGUCUUACAUUCACUUUUCUCUGUCCUCUAUCGGCUGGUCUUGUUCGCUGAGAGCAUUUCUGGCCGGGAGGGAGGGAUUCCUGCGAUGGACAUUUGGGACCAGCUGAGGACUUGGGUCUCUUCCUGGGGUUUCAUCUAGAAGCCCUGGUGCUUCCCUUGCAGAAUACUGCACUCAACGGAACAGUUACCUUUCAAUCAGUGUGUGCAGUGAGAAAUAGAAAAAUUCUCAAGUUCAAUUCUGUAUCUAAAAUGCAGUUGCCAUCUGAUCAGGGAUUUUUGUACAAACAUUAGGUAAAUGUAUGUUUGUCCGCCGCUCUGGACAGACCUCUCUUCUCUGUGGUCAUGUAAGCGUCAGGCACGAUUCUUUCCGCGUGAGCCACUGUCGAAAAGUCACAGUGCCGUCUGGUGACGUCGGCGCUCGUGGGACUGCAACUGUCACAGAACUACUCCCUGCCUUGGUUCUCGGUUUUGCUUGUCUGGGUGUGUGUUUUCAAACAGGGAUCUGUAUUUGAAUUUUGCUUUUACGCUCCUUUACGAGAUCACCCUCCACUCUGGGUUGACUUCUGAAUGGUAGUUACAUGUCUUGUGAAGACUCUGUCCAUGGUCGUGACCCAGGACAGAGUGGAGCAACGGAAUGGGUCCGUGUGGGGAAGAGACAGGAUUCUUCUAGAAUCCUUCCCUGGGGUGGCUUCGUCACCUUCGCUAGAGCAUCCAGAAGUGAGCCCAGAAAAUGGAAGCACAGUUGAGGUAGCUCUUGAGAGAAGAGCUCAAAAGGAUGAUUCGCCUUAUUGAAUCCCAGUCAGUAUGUCUGACCUUUGGCCACGGGGUUGAAACUGCAUACCUUUUCAUAAUCAAGAAGCUAUUUUAUGAAUGUAGAAAAUUCUGCAUUGGCACAGAGGAUACUCGGAAAUGAAGAUGAAAACGCAGUUGUUGCAUUUGCUUGUAUAUUCCCUUGUUUUAGUUUCCAAAGAAACCACAGCCUUAGAGUUUUCUUUUUGAUGCAAAACUUUUAAAAUGGAAAAAUGUGAAGCUAUUUAGCACACAAAAACCCUUCUGUGGGCAGAACUUUACUUCUGGGUGGGGGGGACACAAUAAGAAACUCAAUA